AUGAUAACGAUAAUAUUAAUAAUUAAAACGAAAGAAAAACGUGAUAUAGAUGAUUGUCUUGUGAGCCUCAUUAACCAGGGACAGUUCACACCGUUGCCGGAAGCACUUUGUUGGGUUAUAUUGGAAUUGACGUCAUCGGGUCAACACGCCGUACUCGAAAGCAUAAGAAAUUGUCUUCAUUUAUCAUUUCCAGAUAUAGAAAAACCAUCGUCUCAAGUCGUAUACGACACGUUAGCAAAAUUAAUGUCCGAUAAAAAGAUUUAUCAAACGUCUCAGGGUUAUUUCAUAAUAACGCCAGAAACGAGAAGGCUUAGGUUACAACAGAAACAAUCGGAUUUAUCUCCAAACAUGAAUAGAACGCACAGGAGAAGUUAUAGCGAUGUCAGAGAAGAAUCGAGAACGACGAAAGGUCUUCUAAUGAGCAACGAAGAAGCUUUGGCAUAUGUUCACGGUGAAAUGACGACGAUACGAGAUGGUGACGUCACACAUCAAUCAAUUCAAACGAAUUUAGCUGACGUCAUUUGCGGAGGGAAUCCAAACGAUAAAAUCCUAUACGCUUCCAUUCCGAAAAGGAGUACGUCAUUUCCGCUCGAAAGGAGAAAUUCUUUGAAAUUAUUCGGGUCUAAUAAAAGGUUAAACGGAUCUUUAACGAGAAGCGGAAGCAUGAAAUACAUUCCGCAUAAAAGCGGUACCCUUUUAACGGAUAGUUCGAGUUCGACAGAAUAUACGACAUCGCAAGAUUAUCAACCUUUAAGUACAAAGAAAACUUCUUUACUGGCAAGACUGUUUCGUCGAAGCGGCCGUAAAAGAGGAUUAAGUGCUCCCCCAACGAUUCAUACAUUUUCCGCACAAUUCCCUCCAGCUGAAUGGUUCAAUCCGAAAGUGAUACACAUGCAUUGCGUUGGAACACAGACGAAGCAGGCGCAAGACACGAAUUCGGAUGAUCAACUUCUUCAAUGGGAAAUUGAACCCUCGAACGGUGGUAGAUACGGGACGACGAGGAGAUCAAACACGCGGGACAAUCACAAUUUACAAAAAGAGGGUCACAUAUAUCAGAAACCGUCGAAACAGGGAAUAAUGGAUAAAACGAACGGGAAUACGGAUAGUUUAAACAGGAGACAGGAAAUUGAAAGGAUAAGAUUAUUGAAAUCCGACCACUUAUCCGCGGAUAGAUUACCAACGUCGGAAAGAUCGUUGUUGUAUCGGCAACUCUACGGUCAAGAAAGGUCAUCGUCGUCGAGAAGGAGUUCAUUUUCGAAAAGUUCGAAAAGUUUAAAUCGGAAUUACAUGGAAUUUUCCGACAAAACGAUCGAGUCGUCGAGAAUAUACGAAGAAAUCAAAAAUAAAAGUUCGGAAUCGUUUCCCAAAUUGGUCGAAACGUUUUCCGAACGUAACGAUGGCACCGGCAUAUACACGAAAAUAUCAACGAAUAAAAAAACACGUUCGAACGAGGGUUUCGGUUCGGAUGGUAAAAACUCUGGUAAAAAGGAAAUGGUAUCCUCGAAUCCUACGACUCCCAAAUACAGGAGAAAAAUCGAAAAAAGGAGUUCGAGUUUACCGAGGAGAAAAAUAUCUACGACGUCGAUACAAAAAUCCGAUGGCGUCACUCACACGGAUUUCCCAUAUUACGAUGAAAAAUUAUCCAAAACGGAAGAGUCGCCGAUAACGCCCAAUUUGACCAACAGAAGAUCGACGAGUUAUGAAAAUGUCAAUUUCGAAGAUGAUUUUAUGAAAAAAUUGAGUACAAAAUCCGAGAGUAAAACCGCGGCGGGAAAAUGUUCGAAAGAUUCCGGAAAGGAAAAGAAAAUCGAGGAAACGGAUAUGAAUAAAUUCAAACCCAUAACGCCGAUAUAUAAUUUCGAAGAUGGUUGUCAAGAUAUGACGUCACUAACAUCAUCCGGUUACGACACGCAAACGAAUUCAAUCGUAUCGACUUCCGAUCAAAUACCAUAUUCUUUAAAAUUAAAUAAAAAUUAUUUGAAUUCGACGACGCCACCGCCAUCUUUAACCAUAACCGAAGAUUUCGAACAGAAUAAAAAUAAUAAUAAUAAUAAUAAUAAUAAUAAACUUUCGUCCGAAGAUAGUUCGAGAUCCGUAUCGCCAUAUUCACCUCCGGUUAAAUCGGAAAAUAAGAAACAACAGCAACAGCAGCAACAACAACAGCACCCACCACUCGUUAACGUUAGUUCGAAUAUAUCCGUAACAACCGGAAACGGUAAUAAAAAUUCACUUUCCGUUCAAGUGAUGACCAAUCCGAAUCGAAUAGAAGGACCUAAAGUGUUUGUGUCUUCGAGUUCUUCGGACGGUGGGAAAACACUAACGCGAGUAAAAGACAACACGUCGAUAUUCGUACAAUCCUCUCCUGUUUCGAAUUCUUCGACGACGACGACAACUGACGUCAUCAACCGUCAAAAUUCUAAACGAGAUAUCGAAAAAAAUUUAAAAAAACUCGAACGAUUUCCAUCGCUGUACAGUCCGAAAGAAGUUUUAAAAACAGGAUUCGAUUGUAAAAAUUAUAAAUUUCGUCAAAAUCAAACCGAUGACGAUGACGUCGAUGAUGAUGACGUCGUGAAUGAUGAUGAUGAUGAUGAUGAUGAUGACGACAACGACUCCGAUCUCGACGACCGGAGAAAAUUUUCUGACUUCGAUAUAGAAACGAUUAUAUCGAAAAAUCAUGAAAAUUGUUCGAUUGUUCAAAGCGUAGAUUCGGAAAAAGACGAAUACGGACUAAGUCACAAACCCAUACCUAGACAACCGGAAGUCAAACAAUUUUCCUCUUCCGAAUUUACGCAAGAUGAAAAAUUAUUUUCGUUCGGGAGUAAAAAAACAAAUUCUAAAAUACCUGUUAUGAAAAAUCGUAAAAAUAUCGUCGACAGGAGUGCCAACAAUAUUUUAGAUACGACGCCAUCUUGUUUUACGAAAACCAGAGGAGGAGGAGAAUCGUUGACGACGACGACGACGAUGAAAAAAGAUUUCCACGAAUUUCCAAGUCUCACCGAUUUAUCCCUCAAUUUUAAAUCCAUAGCCGCACAAAAUAUAUUGAAUAACAUAAGCGUGACGAGCGUUGAUACUUUGGUCGAAGUCAACAUGGCCGCCAAUAAUUCCAACGAAAAAUCAAAUAAUAAUAAUAAUAAUAGCAGCAGCAGCAGCAUUAACAACAAUAAUAAUAAUAAUAAUAAUAGUAAUCCUCUCGUAAAUCUUCAAACGGAUUUCGGAGUGAUCUGA